UCCCAUGGAUGAUCGAGGACUUGGACGCCAUCGAACCGGCACCACUGGAGUCGCAAAGAACGCCGACAAGGGUCUGCAGCUGCGAGGAAGUCGAAACUAGAGGACGCGCCAGUUUCCUGAGGGUACGCAGCACCGAGGUGACAUGGAGCACCAGCAGCUUCAUGUCGCCCCAUGAGGCGAUCUGGGAUCUGAGAAGGCGUACCAGCGAGGGUACAGAGUUCCGCUGGGAGCUCCAUACCUCGAGCACUGACUUGGAUCUCGCCAGGAAAACAAAGUGCAGCUGCCACAGUUUGACUCCGCAAGGGAAGAAGUCGGAGGGCGUGCAUCGCGGCGAUCUCAGAAAGCAUCACAGUGCAGAGACGGACAAGUGGUCGGUCAAACCGGAGAAUCUGCUGACACCGAUGCACGACCUAAGGAAGCAUAGCAGCGACGACACCAGAUUCGCGAGGGAGGCCAGGUGGUUACAGGUGCCGGAUGUAAUGCGGAAUCCGAAGCCCAGGUGCACCUGUCCCAAGGUGAAGACCCCGGCGCCCGCGUCACCGGUGGAAGUGAAGCCGCAGGAGAAGAUACCGGAGAAGCCGAUACAGAAGGAUGAAAAGAAACUGUACUACUCGAAGUCGUUGACGCCCGACGAUUCGGCCGUGACAUGGGAGAAACCGGAGGUGAAGAGGCAAGUCAGCGAGGAUCCGAGAGCCGCCAGAGGGAAAAGAGAGCGACCCAAGUUAGAGCGCUCGGCGCAAGUGAGAAGCGAAAGUUCAAGGAGAUGGGGCUUCUCCGCUAAGGAGAAAGACAAAGACAAAGACAAAGACAAAGACAAAGAGAAGGAGAAGGUCAUCAGUCCGGCGGAGAGCAAGAAACGAGAGAAGAUACGAGCAAGGUGGGCCAUGAAACCGCACGUCUCUUUGCCCGCCGAGAAAAAGGCGCCGAAGUGGUACAGGAGUCAGGACGAGACGAAGAGCAAGAGUCUGCGCGAGCGACCCAAGUACAGCAUACGCAGGAGCAUGUCGCCGGAGCCGGAUCCACGGCAGAUGAGCAAACUGGAGAACAGAAUCGUACGGCGUCUGAUCUCGCCAGAGAUCUCCAUCACCAGCACCAAGUGGGCACCGUACGAGGACUCGUCGCCGUUACCGACGAUCGGGAUAAAGAAGCGCGAGCAGAAGCACAUCAGCGAUAUCAAGUGGACGCCGUACGACGAGUCCCCAAGCGACAUCCCAGUAGAGGUAAUCGAUGACAAGAAAUGGUCACCCUUCCACAAUGUCACGCCUCCGGACUGUCCGCCGGAGGCGGCGACGCCCAGCAAGAGCGACGACGAAAAGUUCCGGUGGAAGAUCCUCAAUCAAGUCGCGCCGUUCCCGCUCUAUCAGGGCGGCUGGAAGGACGAGUCGCCGGAGAAAACGCCGCCGAAGAAGGUGACCACGCCGGAGGAUCUAUCGUCUCCGGUCUGGUCGCCGAGGGUGCCUGGGGAUACUCCCGCUAAGCGGAAGAGUAUCAUAAGACCGGAAUACUCGCCGGAGUACUCGCCGCCGACGCGCAGGUCCAGCAAGCCCAAGCUCAUCCGGAAGGGUGCGUUCAGGGCGAAAACGUCGGCCCCUACCAAUCCUCUGGAGGACAGACUGCCCCAGGCCGGGCCUCUUCCGCCGACGGUAAUAAUACGCGCUGCUAGCGAGGAGACUAAGCGACUGAGGCCCCAGCUGACCAGAUCCAUAGCCCUGCUGGAGGUGCCGAAGCAAAUAGAUGCAACGAAGAGAUCGUUGAGCGAGGAGGGACCGCGCAUGCGUCCUCGCGAGCGUCCCAAACCGCCCGGAAGAACUCGCAGCGAGGAAGUGUCCAAGUACGACGAUCCUUGGUUGGUGAGGGCCGAGUCUCCUGAGCUGCCUAUUCGGAGAGAGAGGCGUCCCGCGACCAGACAGCAACAACAGCAGCAGCAGCAGCAGCAGCAGCAGCAGCACCAGCACCACGGUUUCCUCGCAAGGGCCUUACGAAGAAUAUAAUCUUCGAAACCACCUAAAAGACGCAACGGCGGGGCACAACUAGUCGAGAUGAAGAUUAACGAGGUCGAACGAGACGAGGAAGGAAGAUUCUAACACGAUCGCGCCCGCACGGGCGCCGAAAACUUCGUUGGCCUACACGAAGACUACAAUGAAAAAUACCAAAAAAAAAAAAAGAAGAAAAAAAAACGAAAUAACUUCCAACUCAUUUUCGGCAUUCGACGGUUUCAUUUCCAUAGGAGACGCGCGAGUCGGAAGUUCUCAGAAACGGGCGGAAGUCGAGGCGAGGGGUCAAGGACUGACUAUUAUUUAAUUAAAUAGCGUAAUAUAUACAUGUGCGUUUCGUCGCGCUCGCGGGGAAGCGGAUGUACUCCUCCUCGGAGAGCGCGACGUCUGAAUGUUCUCAGCUCAAGACGAAAAAAUGUAGGGUCGCGUGCGCGACCGGGCGGACAUCCGGGUAGAUCCGGGAACUCUGUGGGGCGAGCGUGACGGAACAGCCGGGUGCCGCUCGGCGAACGCGGACGAGACGGUUCACGGUGUAGGGCGUUGAUUGAUAGUUCUAUAACGUAAUUAAUAACGUAAUGCUAAAAACGAUUAAAGUACCGACUUAGGGAAUAAUAAUGACAUGAAUCUCUGUAGUAUAAGCGUGACUCGUUGAUUCGCGGAGAGAGAAUGCUCCUCCGCUGCGGAGGAUGUAAGAUCGUGGAUACACACAGGGUGCGUCCGACGUGGGUCGAGCGAUCUGCCUCGAUCGCUCGGACGCGCGCGAAUAAAUAAUGCUAAGCAUAAUUUGUAUAUGUGUACACGUACCCCCUCGGUACGCAUGCACGUAAUUAUAUAAUAUUUGUAACGUUCACGUUCGAGUGACAAGUAUGUAAGAGGAGAUGGGAGAUAGGGAGGAAAAUGGAAGAGAAGGAGGAAAAGAGGAAAAAAAUCGCGGAGAUGCGAUUCGAGCGCAUCGUGAUCAAAGGAUUGGCCUCGUUCCAGGGGCAACGCGGAUCCCCAAGAGUCCGCUCGAUCGAGAGCUGUCGGGGCUCGACGAGAUACGACUCUUUGUUACUCGUUCAUAUAUGUUUUUUUUUUCCCUUUCAUUUUAUACGUUAUAUCGGCGUGCGCGAAAUCGUUGGAUCGCAGCAGCGCCGCGCGAUAUCGACGCGCUUGGAUCCAGAUUCGCGACGAUCGAUUUCAUUCGUUGUUCGGGCGACGAUCUGGCGGUCGUAACAUGGAAAAAAAAAAAGAAAAAGGAACGCCGCCGGAUACGUAGCCCCCGUGUGUGCCGGUGCGUGCAAUAUUAAUUAAGGGAUCGAAACGUCGGUGGACAACCGCGUGAGUACGGGGUACUAAGGGGUAAGAAAAAGAAAGAGAGAAACCAAGGAGGAGAAAACCGACAGGGUGUGUCCGUGGGGGGAGGGCGAUCGGCUGCGCGUAUUUAAUCGUUUCUCCCUUCAUCCCCCUCGGUGCGACGUGUGUAGUUCGUUUUCGAUUGAACACGCCGUGUCUCGUUGCCGCUUGCGUUGCCACUCGCGCGCUACUCGCUUCAAUUUUCGUGCUCGCGCGCGAAGGACUUUCGUCGCAUCCCGCCUUCGACAUCCCCUCAGCCCCCCUUGCGUCCAUGAUCUUUUUCUAUAUCGUGCGUGUGUCUCGUGAACGAUAUGGCUCAGUGUUCUGCGCGGCCGAUAUUACUGUAUAUAGCAUAACGCAUAGGAAAUUUCUCACUUAGGUAACGGUCGUGUCUGUGAGCAGGUACCGUUAACGGGGAGAGAUGCCGCCCCCGCGCACAUUAGGGACGCGUUAGUCGCGGCCGAGUGCGCUCGAGCGACGACGCUGAUUAGACUCAAGCCCCCCUUUCUUUUCCCUCGUUAGCGAACACGUCCGAUCUCGUGUCGCGCGAACGACCGUCGUUUAGCGCGUAAUUAUUUUUGUUUCUUUCCUUUUUAGGAUAGCUCCGCGUAUAAUUAGCGCCGCGUGAACCCUCACCCGGUAAUUUUCGCGCGAGCGAGACUCACACGCGCGCGCAGUAACUCUCAUCUAAGUACCUUGCCGCUCUUUCUCUCUCGAUGCACCCUCUCGACACACGCUCCCCUUUCGUUCCCUUCUAAGUCUCAUCGAUCGUCCGUAAACCGUUCCCGGAACGCGAUCGAUGAGCGAUUAGUGAUAUUACGACUAGCGAUACGAUAGAAGUUAAUUCGAGUACUCGUAGCGAAGGUGUCCGCCGCGAGGAGGGGGCCCGUUUACGUUCGUUUACUCUUAUACUCCGUUCGCAUCUCGCCUUCUGAGCGUCACGAAAUCGAGCACAACCGUCAGCGAGAUCGACGCGUUCCGUGCGUUUCUCUUAAAGGCGAAACCUUGUAAAGAUUUCAAAAAGAAAAGAGAAAGGAACAAUCGUACAUGCCGCGGCGAAAGAAUAUUUAAGAAGAAAACAGCGAGGGUCGCGCUGUAACAGUCAUGUCCAUUUCUAUCAAUGUAGAUUAACUUUAAUCUCGGUUUAACUUCCCAGUGAACACAACGUCCCAAAUCGGGACAUAAGACGUCUUAAAGACGUCUUAGGACGUGAACAGACGUGACAUUUUGUAACGUUAGAGAAGCGCUACAGACCCGUAUAGAUAUAGGUAGUGUACAGGCUUUUCUGAGCGCUACAAAGUAUCCCGCCUCGGGCCCUUAAAGACGUCAUAUGUCUCUAUUUGGAACAUACGUGUUGUCUGCGUUAUCUAUUUCUAAUUUUUACAACUAGGGAAGAAUAAAAAGUAAGUUAAACCAAGAUUAAAGUUAAUCUGCAUUGGUAAAAAUGAAUAUUAGUCGCAUUAACUUUAUCGACAAAGCUACGAUAGCGUAAAUAAAAAAUGAAAAUUUUUUCGGAUCGUAACGAUAAUAAUUUCGAGGUGACAGCCAUAUAUUUCGCGACAAAUUUGAUGCAGCUGCGACUAUCAUCUUGAAACAAGAAACGCACGGGAUCGCGUCAGGCGAGGAAGAGGAAACGCGAUGCAUUCGAGCGAACGCGCAAGUCGUUCCGCGGUUCCGCCGCGAAUCCUCGCGAGGAUCUCUGAUCCGCGACGGACGCGCGCGCUUUCAUUUCCGGUUCGCGCUUCCGUCGACGACGAUUCGCGGAAAAAUCGGGGAGCCCGAGCGAACCGCGCGACCGAUCCGCGUGAUCUACCGAAGCCGACUCGUCGCGUUCAUGGUCGUCGCACCCCCGAAUUCGCACCUCGCGGGGCGCGAAGGACCAAGGUGUAACGGGUAACGCUGCCAGGCGGUGCCAGAGUACCUAUUCUUGAAAUCGUUCGUUAUGAAACGAAUUCGUUUAUGAACGAAAAGGUGGGGAUUUCUCAGUUGAGCGCCAAUGGAAACCCAGUUGACGCACCUUUUUGUUCAUAAACGAAUUCGUUUCAUAACGAACAAUUUCAAGAAUAGGUAGAAUAGGCCCCCAGGGGGGCCAGGACGUGUCCGUCGUGUCGCGCGGUCGCGCCGCAUGGUCGCCGCUUGUAUUUUACACGUACGUACGUACACGCAUUAUACGCUACAUAGAGAUUCGUUUCUUCACGAAUUACACACGUAUACAUAUAUAAAGAAAUAUAUAUAAAAAAAUAUAAAUAUAUAUAUAAAUAUAUAUAUAUAUUAUAUAUAUAUAUAAUUUUCUCCCCUCUCGUAGUGCGUACACAUAGAAGUUUAUUACGGCGUCAUUGCGUACUGUACGAUAUUAUACAUAGCGUAAAAAAUAAAAGACUACAUCGCGUACUCACUAUCAACCGAAGGCCGAAGAGACGCUCAUGCCGCCAUUCGCGCGCACGGUCGUCGGCGGAUGGGCCGUGUAUACGUAUAUCUACACAAACACAUGUAUGUGUAUAUAUGUAAACACGGACACGCGUUCGUUCGAAUAAUGAAGUAGGAUGAUUAGGGCACGUGUGUGCGCUGAGAGGACGCUAUUACAGUAAAAAAAAAA